AUGUCACCAUGGGUGGGGGGCUGCGAUGACCAGGUCAUGCACCUCAUUUCUGAAAUCGCCUGCCUCGAGUCCCUCAGGAAGGACGGCAUGGACGAUUUUACAUUCUACCUGCACGUAUUUAUUCUUCGUACCCUGGUUAUUUCGACUAAAGGAGAUGCUGGCCCAAAGAUGCCUGUCAAUGCUGAUGGCAGCCUUUCACACAAGCAGCUCUCCAAGAACAUUACCAUGGCUUUCCGCAUUGCUGCAUGCAUCUUUCUCCGCAACCUAGCCCCUAGAUUCAACGCCAGACAAAAGUUCCUCAUGAAACUGGCGACUCGUCCAGGUCUGGCACCAUGGGACGUCUAA